AAUUAUUGAAUCUGCUAAACGCAGCCAAUGACCAUCGGAGCAUCACCGAGCGCCAUGUGAAUUUGCCAUUAAUCCAUCCGUCCGUCCGUCCGUCCGUCAGUAUGUCCACCAUCCAGUCGAGGUAGUUCAGAUCAGAUCCAGGCUAUCCAGGGGGGGAAAACCAUAUUGAUUUUUUGCGAUGAUAGCUGCUGCUACGGGCGAUGGUGCGCGGGCCGUGGCAGUGGUGGCAGUUACGUGAGAAGUGAUGCCCUCCUGCUGGCCCGCUGGCGGCCGCCGUUCGCACGCCGUCGACACCGUGUGACGAGGGUGGCCUCCUCCUCCCCCCCACCCCACCCCAUCCCGACGAGGAAGAGACACGUGUGGUCGGUGUGCCGUGUCUUGGGCCUCCUGGCGUGCCCAGUAACGUGGGCGUAACGUGGCGUGGCACGACCGAGACGAUGCCGUCGGCGCUGCUCCGGCACCGCGGCCGCGACAUUUCCAUGGAAACGUAGACGCGGCCGCGCUGGUGCGUGCGGGAGCGACCACCUCCGCCGUGUCCGUUUCUCGAUCCGGUGUCACCCGCCCGCGGCUGCCUCGUCUCCGCGCGUGACUAGGUUAACCUGAUCGCGAAACGCUCGCGCUCACUCGGCUCAACGUUCGACGGCGAGGGGAUUUCACCGCCGUCGCCCCGUGCCCCGCGACUGAAUUAGGAGACACGGAAAAUCGGAGUUUGGGAGGAGAGCGUGACAUUUCUUUUGCUGGAAGAAGCGAAGAGCCCAGAGUGAAUAGUGCUCGCAUGUCAUUGCCAUUAGAUUUUGUACAAUGAGCAGCUGGACAGAGAGAAUGCAUCGACGCGCCGCUACGUUAGGAAAUGUUGUAACCAGCUGCGGACAUCCCUCCUCAGAACCUCCGCAUCCGAGACGCCUGGAAAAGGUCAAGUUUGGUGCACCUCUGAACGAAGUGUGCAAAAAUGAUAUUCCUGGCCCGUUACUGGUCCUUAUAUUGAAACUGAACAAGGAAGCUCCACUCAGAAAAGAUAUCUUUCGGGCACCUGGCCACCAGGGUAACAUGAAGAAACUGGUACACUUCCUGCAAACCGGACAUCUGAUCAAUAUGGACAAUUUCAGCGAUUAUACGAUAGCCAGCGUUCUAAAAAAGUUUUUGCGCAAGAUACCCGGUGGAAUAUUCGGUAAAGAGACGGAGCAACAACUGUUUACCAUAAUCCAGCUAGAUAGUGUAGAACAACAACGGGACCAGAUACACAGAUUAAUUACUUCCAUGCCGAUAUACACACAACGGUUACUGGUACUGCUGUUCGGAACAUUCAGGAUAAUAGCAGUAAAUUGCGAGCGAGCGCACACGGGGAUGACUAGCGAGGCCUUGGGAGUGUCCGUAGCACCCUCGUUCUUUCAUAGUUGCGUCAGCGACGGCAAGACUGCUAAGAUGGAGGAUGUUCUCAGAUUUAAGAUUGCCACCCGCAUUACCAAGUUCAUGAUAGACAAUUUCGGUGUAUCCAAUCUGUUCGGAAGGGACAAUUACGAGUAUUAUGCGCGCAUAACCGGCCGGAUAUUAAAAGUAGAGGAAGAUUGGAUCUUUAGUUUUCGAUAUCCGCCGGACACUCUCGUAUCGAGACAACUAUCGCUGGAGGCUGAAAAAUCGUGGUUGCAAUACGAGUGCGAAAAAUGGGGAUUGAAGUUCAAUUUAGAAUGUAUGUCGCACCAAGAGGAAUCGCAGUCAACUCCGGCGUUGAUUCACGUGCCGGAGACCGUGAAUCUCGCGUCAUCAUUAGGCAUGAUUCCAGAGAACACCUUACUGGAGAGUUACACGCGUCUCUCAGUGAGCUUAGAGGAAAACGGCUUGUUCCAGAUUAUAUUAUUACAGGCACCCAGUCGUUCAUCCAGUAAUGGCAGUCAACAUUCUAAGCAUGGGACAAUGGGUAUGACGCUGGAAGAGCUUCGCGCGGUGAAUCGUUACGCCGAGAGCACCAAGAGUCUCAGCUACCUGCCGCAGGUUCAUGAGAGGCAAGCCGCACGAAUGCGAACUAGAUCUGAAUGGUUUCUCACGCCUGUAGUUGCCUCGGACAGUGAUCCCUCGGCGAUACAUAUUUUACGAGGUUCCAAUCGAUCUUCCUCUGGCAAUAUAGCUACAGGUUUGAGCGCCAGCGCGGAAUCGGUGAAGCGGCCGAGUCUUCGAAGAACUUCCUCCAGGGAGAAGCAACGUUGGCAUCGCAACUCGUCUCGUCGCAACAAAGAGAACGGCACUAAAGGAGCUGGCCGCUCGGCCACAGCGGCCGCGGCGGCGAUGGUGACGGAAGCGUCCAAGUCGCGUUCCCUGGAGACAAUCAAGAACGUGAAGAUCGUGCGCGUGAUGGCGACGGAUCAGCAGCAGCCAACGGCCGAGAAGAUGAUGGACAGUAGCCAUAAUGAUAUCUUCGAGGAACACGCGAGCAAGGAGACUCGCGUGCCGUCGCGCAUCAGCGGCGACGGUGUCAUUGGGCCGCAGGAUUGCACGGAGAUGGACGUGAAAACGUUUCACGUUACUUUGACGUACAAGCCGCGGAUAUAAACGACUUUAAUUUUUAUUUUUUUACUUUAUUAUUAUCUAACUCGACGCUUUCAGGAAUGUCGGAACGGUAUUACUUUUCUCGCGCGUGAAAUACGUUUUCGCGUUGGUUGUUACCCCAAAUAUUAUAUGUAGUCACAAACCUGGACGACGAUUUUAUCCUAAUGUUCGACGUUUAGGAAAUAUCAAAUUUAUCUCGUUCGCGAAUAUAUAUAAGAUCCUUUUUUUUUUUUAAAUUUUAAUAACGACGCUCAGGAGUAUCGAACUCGAAAUAUCUUCCUCACGCAAAAUUGCGUAGUAACACAGCACACAUAUACACGUAUAAAGAUUUAUUUAUUCUCGCCAUAUUGUAGUUCAAGUGUUCGUUUUUUAUUGUUUUAUAGUCGUGAAAUUUUAUUACUUUUCCGUAUAACAGAACGAUUAAUUAACUUUCGUUGCAGGAGGGAGGGAUUAUAUGAGAACUCUUGAUUUUUAUUCCGUUGAACAUACCGGUUUAACUUUGCUCGGUUAUUUCUCGUGGCAUUCCAGACGCAUUUACUCUUGCCCCGCGAUAUUUUAAUUAACUUUUCAACUACUUACGUAAUCGAUAAUUUCGUUCGAUUGAUCGAGACGUUUUUUACACGAAUCCACCAUCACUUGUAUUUAUUCCGAGUUAUUAGAAAUAUGACUUAGACACUUCGGAAACUUAUCCCAUCGAUUACCAUCGCGUGACUAACAGCGUAAUGUACGCAAGAUGUUCCACGACGUGUCCGACGAAUGAAUUCUUUGUGCAAUCUAUAAGAGAGUUCAUUUUCUCUUGAUGAAAACAUUGGAUGUUCUCUUAGAAUUACAUGCGAAGUCGAGGCAUGUAAGUUAAGUUUUAAGAACGCGAUUAGACAAUAACGUCUUAUUCUCUUCUUUUAAAAAUUUUAAUUCAAACGGAUAGGCUAAACGCUAUUCUGUUUUUUAUUCAUGAUUUUGCGACCCUUCUAUGUAGGUUGGAAAUCCAUCCAGGGGGGUAAGAAGAAGAAAUUCAAACGAAUGUUUAAAAAAAAUUAUUUAAAACUUUGAGAUAACUAAAAGUCAGGAGUUGUGAGAUAGAAUUUAACGAAAUGUUUUUUCAUAAAAAGAAUUCAUAAAUGAAGUGUAUUUGGACACGUCGCGCGGGAAAAGAAGGAUUCGGUAGAUCUUGCAAUAUUUACGCGAAUUCCUUCGUCGCGACGUAUCGGUUACUCGUAUAUAAAUGCACAGUCACGGUUGUUACAUGCCAAAUUAGUAGUAUAUGUAAGCUAUACUUGUAAGACAUCGAUUAUAGAAAAUGUUAUGGUCGUAUUAUCGCGUGUACGUUACGAAAAUCGUUGAUAAGAUCAGACAAGCUGAGUCAAUGGAAAUGAAAUGUUUUUUUUUCCUUUGAAUUUGAAAAAAAAAAUUGUGCCGUACACUAUUAAUUGUUGAAGGAAACAAAACGUGGAUUAAUUACAUUUCGAUGUUUAUAUUUCAAUCAAUUACAGUGUUCUGUUAUCUGCAAACAUUCGAGUUGACCACGAUAGAACCAUCUAAAUUGCGUUGCACAUAUUUUUUUGUCUUCGAAUUCAAGGGAGAUUCUUAAAAAUUCUGCUUCUGUUGACUCGUGUUGUAUAGAGAAACUAUACCGUAUUAAGUCGGUACUCGAUAUUAUUCUCAUCUAGAGCAAACGACUACGAAACAAGAGAUAUUUAUCACCGUAAGUACGUAAGAAAAAAAAAAGAGAACAACGGCAUCCAUAUAACGACAUAUAUUAACACAACGAAAGUGUUCCGUAAAUAAGAAUGUAGCGUAAUCGUGCGACGAAGACCGCGCGCGGCGGACUUUCCAAGGGAUUGCGGUUGAUUAAAUCGAUCGUGCGACCGGAUCCGAAGGAGGAUAGUAAUCGACAUAGUAAUCGCGUAAUAUUGCGGAAAAAAUAUUGCGGGAACUUGAACGGGAGCGACAGAGACGGAUUCGUUCAAGUCUUCUCUGUCUCGCGACCGAAGAGCCAUUUUCAAGCCGUCUUAAACCCACACGUUCGUCGAUAAUUAUUAAAAAAAUAAAAUACUGAAAUUAUGUAUCGCGAAGACAUAUAUAAAGUCACGGAGAUUUUGCAAUUAGCGUGCGAUUUCUAUUUAAAGAAAAAGAAAGGAGAAGUAAAUGAAUUUUAAGAUGGUUCGGAGAUGAGCUGUUUAAACACUUCUUUGCGAAGGCCAUUACGUAAAUUAAUAUAUUUAUGAUUAGACGUAUAUAACGUGUAAAUAUUGAAUACCAAAAAUGUAAAGUUAUUAUAUAUAUUGGACGUAAUAUAUAUGCAAAUGUAAACGCGUGAAAGUAUGUAUGUGUGAUCGUGUUGAAUGUCGCCGCAUCGAAUUGCCGUAUCGAUUUAAGUGUACUCGAUGUCAUCAUUUCGCG